CAUUUCUUGCAGGAAACAGAAAAUAUCACACUAGAAAGAGCACGCAAAAUAGGUUAAUCACUUGCACAUAAAGAGCAUUUCCCCGGCUGUCGAUACCGGAACUAACGUCUAGUUCCACAGUAAAUAUGUUUUCAUACUUCUUCCUCCUACGAAUAAUUCAAUGACAUAAAAUUAUUCUAGUGAUACGCGAGAAAAAUGCGGAGUGAAAAUGAGUAACUGAUCCCCCUUCGGUCGCGUAGUCCGACAAAGGGGAAAUUCCCGAAGCAGUCAGUGUGGUUGUGACCGUGAGUGAGUGAGGGUGUUUUGCGCGCGGUCGCCAGUGAAUACAUUGAAGUGACGUGCCAUUACCUUAGUAACAACUUCAAGAGUUGUAGCCUUUGUGCAGAGUUAUUAUAGUGGAUAAUACAGUGAAUGAAGAGGAGGCACAGAUCUCUUUCAUAAUUGGAACUGCUGAGAGAGAGAGAGAGAGAGAGAGAGAGAGAGAGAGAGAGAGAGAGAGAGAGAGAGAGAGAGAGAGAGAGAGAGAGAGAGAGAGAGAGAGACCGCCUGCAACCACACGAGAAAGUAACAAGAUUGGCGAUCGUUUAAGGCUGACUAGACAGAUGGCGCCCCGACGUUGAUCACGAGACCACCUGUGCCCAGAUGUUGAACAGGCGGUUCUACUGACCGGUAUGGCGAGAUAAGGCGUGACAUGGGUGAGGUGCAGUAUGGGCGUAUCCCACUGGCUGCUCGCCCUCCUUCUGUACUACUCCGCCGUAUCCAGAGCGUCAGAGGUGCGUUACCUACGACACAGCGGUCGGCGGGAAAGCGGUGGUGAGCCGGCGGCGGGCAGCCUAGGCCUCUCCGCCGGGGUAGCCCUCGGCGGAAUCAACAACGCCACGGAGAACCCCGUCGACUUGCUCUUCGAGGACGAGGCGGACCCGAGUGCCGGCCUGAAGGAGGAGCUCGUCGUGCGCGGGCAGGAGGUGGUGUUCGAAUGCGUGGUGUCCGAGGAUGCCAAGGUGGUGGAGGGCGACGACAGCGUGGAGGGCGAGGUGCGCUGGUACCACGAUGGCUCGCAGAUUAAGGGUGACUUGCGGAUGUCGAUCAUGUGGACAGGUCGACUGGUGAUGUCUCACGCGGUGUCCGCGGACUCCGGCGUGUGGUGGUGCCGGCGAUCAGGGCGCGAGGGGCCCAAAGUGAGGCUGGUCGUCACAAUUCCCCCCGAGAGGCCGUACCUGGAGUAUGGCGACGCGCGGCUGGCGGCUGGAGGGAGGCUCACGACUCGGGAGGGAAACUCCAUCACACUCAACUGCGUGGUGGAAGGAGGGAACCCGGCUCCCUCCAUCGCCUGGGUGCUCGGCGGGGAGGACAUUUCGCCCUCCAGCCAGAUGCGGAACGACUGGCGUGCCGAGGAAGGUGUGUUCUACAGCACCAGUAACCUGACGCUGCCCAGCGUGGAGAAGGAGCUGCACAACAGCAGCGUGGCGUGCGUGGUGCGGCACCCGGCCCUCCCCGUCCCUGUUCCCGUCCCGCUGAGGCUGAAUGUUCAGUACUCCCCCGCCUUCCGGUUAAGACGGUGGCCGAUGUGGGGGACGCCGGUACGCGAGGGCGCCAGCAUCUCCCUGCUAUGCGCGGUGGACGCCAACCCGCCCUCCAGUCCCACGUGGGUCAAAGUGACCGAGCGGGGGACGACCGAGGUGGCGUCGUCGGGCGGCUGGCUCAACCUGACGAGGGUCACGGACACCGACCGGGGCUGGUACAAGUGCGCCACUGUCCACACCUUCGGCCGCUUCGCAUCACAUUCCGUUUUCAUUAAUGUUAUGCCGGCGGGCGAGCUGCAGGUGGCGCCGCCGAGGGUGGUGGAAGUGGGUGUAGGAGAGGCCGUCCAGAUCCCUUGCAUCAGCCCCAUCAGUAACGUGCCAACGGCUGUUUGCUGGACCAAGAUCCUCGAGGCAGGGGGCCGGACCGCCAGCGUGUCUUCCCAGAACUCUCUCCAGAUGAGGAAGACCACGUACUCGGACGGCGGCAGGUAUCGCUGCGUGGCCUCCGACGCAACGCGGACGGUCGAGUCAGAUGACGUGGAUGUGGUCGUCACUGGUGCGCCCUUAGUCGAAGCGGUAAACUCCACGGUGCUUUCCAUCGGCGGGCGGCCCACAGCUCUCACCGCCCACGUCUGCGGCCGCCCAUCGGUGUCCACCCUCACAUGGCUUCCCCCCGCCCACCUCCCGCCCGUGAGAGCUGGCGAGACGAAGGACAGAUUCAAAGCCCACAACCUCACGGCGUCCGAAACCCCCGACUGCCAGUACGCGGUGAUGACCAUCGUGGGCGUGCGGGCGAGCGACGCCGGCAACUGGGUCCUCGUGGGCGUGAACGACCGGGGUGCGAGCGCCGCCCUUAUCCGACUCAACAUCACCGCCGCCGCCCACUCCGUCACUGCCAACGGCGCCCGUGCUAUGAUCCACGCCCAUGCCCACUCUGCCGCUACCCAGGCCUUCCUAGCUGCUGUUCUUAUCCUUUUUUACGCCGCCCACGGCCGGUUAUGGGCGUGAAGUGAAAGGUGACGUUAAGACGAAAAGUGUAUCUCGUGUUAAUGAAGAAAAAUAUACUGUGAUAAAAGGGCGUGUUUGAGUGUGUAGUGUCGAGCCUAUCGUCAGGGAGAGGCGGGGGAGAGAAGGGGGGAAGGGAGAAACAAAGCUGGAAGGAAGGAAGGAAAGGAAGAGGAAAGAGGGGGUGAAAGGUGGAAGAAAGGAAGGCGGAAAAGAGGAGCCAAAUGGAAGGAAGGAAGAGAAAGUGAGGGAGGAAUGAAGGAAGAAAAGAAGAAAAGACAGAAAUGAAAGAAGAUGGAGGGAAGGACGGAGAAAAACGCAGAAAGAAGAAAAGAUCGACAGAGAAAGAAAAAAAAAACGUGAUAAAGAAUGUAUAAAGCGUUGAUCAAAAUAGAAACAAGACAAUAAGAUCAAAUAACCCAAAAGGUAUUAUUCCUCCCUCAAUGACUAGCAAUAUAUCAAUAAAAAAAAAUCAAUAGAUUGGUAAUUUUUAUAUAUAUAUAUAUAUAUACCUAUCGUCAAUAUCGGAUUGAGACAUGGCUGGUUGUGACGGCAGAGGGAAUGCACGCUUUCGUGGGCGCAGAUGGGCGUGAGUGGGCGUGCGAGGGCAAGGCCGUGGAUCCAUACGUUCUCUUCUAGUUAUUAUCCCUUACUGCUUUAUAAUGACGUAUUGACGUGGCUGUAAUAACCAUUCAUAGGAAUUUAUCAAACUAAUGUUCUUGUAAUAAAUUGUAAUAAAUGUCAGUGUCUCUU